AUGAGUAACGAGGAUCACAAGUAUGAUGCCGACAGCCUCGAGAAGAACCAGCUCGACGUUGGAGUUCACGUAGUUGCUGAUGAAAGGCACAAGUUCGAUGUCGCUUCCAUCGACUUGGUACAGCGUCGACUCAAGCAGCGACAUGUUCAGAUGAUUGCUAUCGCUGGAACACUCGGUACAGGACUUUUCCUGGGUUCGGGGAAAGCCCUCAGUGGUGCAGGCCCCGUCGGUGCCCUUAUCGCAUACGCCCUCGUGGGCUCAGUGGCAUAUUCCUCACUGUGUUCCAUCGGCGAAAUGACGUCCCAUGCCCCGAUUUCAGGAACCUUCCCCCAUUUUGCCGCACGAUGGGUCGACCCUGCACUUGGUUUCGCAGUUGGAUGGAACUACUUUUAUACCAACGUGAUAACCGUGCCAGUGGAAAUCACGGGCGCUCAGAUUCUUAUCACUUAUUGGGAUUCCAACCCGAAUCACGCGGGUAUCUACACUGCAAUUAUCAUUGUUUUUGCUUGCGCAACGAAUGUCUUCGGCGUACGGUAUUUUGGCGAAGCGGAAUUCGUGUUCUCACUCAUCAAACUCACGAUGAUCACCGGUCUCAUUCUUGUUGGUUUGAUCAUUGAUCUUGGUGGUGCACCAGAUCACCACCGGCUGGGCUUCCAGUACUGGAAAAAUCCCGGUAUCCUAGCAGGUGCUCAACUAGAACCAAAGCAUGUUGGCCUGGACCGCUUCCUCGGCAUUUUGAAUGUUCUUGUUCAAGCAUCAUUCUCAUUCCAAGGCAUGGAACUCGUCGCGAUCGCCGCUUCUGAGACAGAAAGCCCCCGCCGGAACAUCGCAAAAGCCGUCCGCAGGGUAUUCUUCCGUAUCUUAAUUUUCUAUAUCCUUGGCAUCUUCAUCACAGGCCUUAUCGUUCCCUAUAACGAUCCCAACUUGCUCCAAUCCACGGGUACUGCUGCCCAGUCUCCCUAUGUCAUUGCCAUGACAAAUGCUGGGAUUAAAGUCCUACCAAGUAUCAUCAAUGCCGGCGUCAUGACGAGUGCAUUCAGUGCUGCAAACUCAUUCCUCUUCUGUUCAUCUCGUAUCUUGUACGGUCUGGCUCUCCGAGGGCAAGCACCUAAGAUUUUUUCAAGGUGUACGAACUCUGGACUUCCCCUUAUCGCUGUUGGGUUCUCUAGCAUUUUUGCACUCCUCGCGCUCAUGAACAUCAAAUCAGGCUCCGCAACAGUGUUCAAUUGGUUCGUCAACCUCUCAACUGUGGGCGGCUUCUUCGGUUGGGGAUCUAUCAACUUGACCUACAUCUUCUUCCACCGCGGAAUGAAGCACCAAGGCAUUGACCGCACAAAGCUCUACUACUGGAACCGCCUCCAGCCAUGGCUUUCGAUCUGGGGAUUGGCCUGGUGCAUCUUCUUCAUCCUCAUCAACGGCUUCGAAAUCUUCUGGGGUUUCACUGCCGCUGGCUUCCUCACUGCAUAUAUCAACAUACCGCUGUUCUUCGGUCUUUACUUUGGCUGGAAGUUUGUGAAAAAGACUGAGAUCUGGAAACCAGAAGAGAUGGACUUUGUGACGGGUAUUCCUACCCCAGAGGAGACAGAGGGGCCAUACUACCCACCCGAGGGUUUCUGGCAAAAGCUUGCUGCCAUUUUGUUCUAG